AUGCUUUGUUAUUUUACUCUAGAACAAGAAAAAGUGACAAAAUUGGUCCGACACGUCUUAAUGGAUGAAGACAUUGAUGCAAAGGAUGAAAGACUCAUCGCUAGAGUUAAAAACCCUAAUGAUUUCUCGGCAACUAACUUUAAAAUUGCCCUUCCCAAUCCACCCCCACAACAGUCGACGGCACAAGUGCAAUCAACAUGGGUUGACUACGCGACAUUACCGAGUGGCAAUGGAAAUGGAAUAUCGAAUGAUUCAAACAAUGAAUUGCCACCGUUGACUGAAAUUAAACAAGAACAUAUUGAUGAUGAGUAUGAAGCGGUUCGAGAUGUUCCUGUUUGGCACACAGCGAAAUCGACAUCAAAAAUAACGAUGUACCCAUCGAAAGAACCAACGAAAAUUCAAUCGAAAAGAAAACUGCAACAGAUUCAACCAAAGCCACCAGCACUUACACCAGCGGUAAUGCCGCCACUCACUCAAAUUGUCAACCAAAAACCAGCACCCAAAUUGAUUGCUGUUGCUGUUAAGAAAGUUGUCGCGAUUCAACCAAAACUCUCUGAUCCACCACAAUUAGCUCAAAUCCAAUCGAAAAAUGAAACGCAAUCAAAGAUUGUGAUUAAAAAAGUCUCACAAUUUGCAAUGAAUACUCGUCGUCACUCGACCGGAAACAGUUCAAAAAUUGUGCCAACAAAGGAACUUCUCGAGAGUCUCAAACAGGAAAAUAUCAUUUAUCAAGAUCAAGAAGACAAGCCAUGGUAUUGUCGGACAUGCGGUCGAAAUUAUAAAUGGCGUAAUAGUCUAAAGCAGCACAUUAAAAAUGAAUGCGGUACUAACAAGAAAUUGCACGAUAUUUAA